AAGAAAAUAUUGGUAUGUUGCACGUUUGAUCUCGAAGCCCUUUUUGUGUGUCUGUCAAAACUAUACUUUUUUUUUCUUCUCUAUUUGAUUCCUGUUCAAUAGAGAGAGAAGAAAACAAACAUAAGAGAGAGAGGUUUGGAUCUUUUGAUGAAGCAAUAAGAGAAUAUCAGUCGAGUUUUAUUGUUGGAAGGGAGGAAAAGGAAGAUCAAAGAUGUUGCAGAGAGCUGCAAGCAAUGCAUAUUCAUGGUGGUGGGCAAGCCACAUCAGGACCAAACAGUCAAAAUGGAUGGAGCAAAACCUUCAAGAUAUGGAGGAAAAGGUGCACAAUAUGCUUAAACUGAUAGAAGAAGAUGGAGACUCCUUUGCCAAGAGAGCAGAAAUGUACUACAAAAAGAGGCCAGAGCUGAUACAUUUUGUGGAAGAAUUUUAUCGAGCUUAUCGAGCUUUGGCUGAACGAUAUGAUCAUAUUUCCACAGAGCUGCAGAAUGCCAACAAUACCAUUGCUUCUGUUUUUCCAGAACAAGUGCAGUUUGCAAUGGAAGAAGAGGAUGAGGAAUCAUCAAUACCUAGGUUUCCAAAGAAGCCUCCAGAGGUCUCAAAAGCCAAUAUUCCAAAGGUUCCAAAGAAUCCUAUCAAAGAUUUGAAGAGCGCCAUUGCAUCUGCUACAAAGAAAAUGCAGCCUAAGAAGCCGGCAAAAACAGCAUCUGCUCAUGCUGUUCACAAGUCCGGUUUGAGCAAGCCCGAGGCGCUUGAGGAGAUUGACAAGCUUCAGAAACAAAUUCUGGCACUUCAGACAGUGAAAGAGUUUACAAAGAGCUCUUAUGAGAGUGGGCUUGCAAGGUACUGGGAAACUGAGAACCAAAUUAUGGAAAUGCAAGAAAGAAUUUGCAGUUUGCAGGAUGAGUUUGGUGCAGGCAUGGUCAUUGAGGAUGAAGAAGCCCGGACUAUGAUGGCAGCAGCAGCUCUGAAAUCAUGCCAAGAAAUGUUGGCUCAGUUGCAAGAGAAACAAGCAAGAUCAACCGAGGAAGCACAAGUGGAGCGUGGAAAGAUUAAGAAUGUCUGCGAGAAGUUUGAGUCUCUCAAAAUCGAGUAUGGUCAGAUUGCGGAGAAAAGACCAUCUGCAGAAAAUAAAGCUAAGCAAGCAGUGGAAGAGGUGAGAAGUGUAAACGACCAAGAGCAGACUGAUGCACAAGAGAAGGACUUGGAACUGUUAAGAGAGAAAAUUAAGGAACACUUUGAAAUUGGUUCUAAUGCAUCUCUCACUGUAACAGAACUAGCGGAGAAGAUUGAUGAGGUUGUGAACAAGGUGAUCAGCCUAGAAAGUGCAAUCUCUUCACAGACAGCUCUCAUACAAAGAUUACGAACAGAGACAAAUGACCUUCAAUCCCAUAUUCAGACCUUGGAGGCUGAUAAGGCAACAUUGGUCAAUGGCAGAAAUGAUAUGAGCAAUAAGCUGAAGGAGAUGGAAGAAAAGUUGCACAAGCUUCAGGCUCUGAACCAGAAUGUCGAAGAUCAGGAAAACAAUCUACAAACUCAUUUUACUGAAGCAGAAUGCAAUCUCAGCCACCUUUCUGAGAAACUGCAUAGUGUGAAGCCAGAUGAGGAGCUUGAGAAUUCGGUUCCACCACGAAGAGUAGAUGACGCUUCCGCAGUCAAAUCAAAAGAACAGGGAAGCACUGUGAAUCCUGGUGAUGAUUUCAAAAAACAGGCAGAUAAGAAGCCACACGAGGUGCUCAAGACUUCACAGCCUUCAGAAAAAGAAGAGGAAACCCGCACUGAAGUUGGACUGCCAAAACAGUCUGCUGAAGAAGAAUUGAAAUUGAACCACCACUAUGGUUCUGACAAUGCUACAGAUAUUGUCAAAAUGGAGGAAGAAAAUAAAAAAGAUUGCGAUAUUGGAAACUCUGACGGGACCUUAGAAGAAGAUGUAAAUCAAUCCAGGACGAAGAAUGACCCUGAAAAUCUUUCAGAGGCAUUUGAAGACCCGAAACUGCCAGAAGUCAUUGAUAAACAAGUUUUGCCUCAGAAAAUGGAUAAUCUUCUCACAGUUGAAGCACAGGAAGAGGCAAUAAAGCGAGAGGAUGAGCCGAACUGGAAGGAGUUGUAUAUGAAUGGUAUGGAGAAUAGAGAAAAGGUUCUGUUGACAGAGUAUACCACAGUUCUUCGCAAUUAUAAGGAUGUCAAGAAGAAGCUGAGCGAGGGAGAGAAGAAACCCGAAGCAGACAAGAAACCUGGGGACGCACUCUUUGAUAUGAUGUUGCAGCUAAAAGAAAUGAAGAGUGCCAAUACCAAGAAGGAUGAACAGAUACAAUUACUACGUCAGAAGCUGACCCUUCUACAAGCUGGCUUGGGUGAUGAUAGCUUGUCUGAUGAUCGAUCUGAGAAACCAACGGAGAGAGACUUGACAGAAGACAUUGAUGUGAUUCUAGUAGAACAACCUGUGACUUCAGAAAUUGAAGACAGGUUUCGGAUAAACAUCGAUGAACUCCUCGAGCAAAACUUGGAUUUCUGGCUAAGGUUCAGCACUUCGUUCCAUGAGAUACAAAAAUUCGAUACUGAGGUGAAAGACUUGCAGGGUGAGAUAUCAAAGCUUCAGGAGAAACGAAAGAAGCAAGAAGGAAGCAGUGCCGCAAAAUAUUCUCUCACAUCAGAUGUUCGGCCACUAUACAAGCACUUGAGACAAAUACAGACUGAACUAACACUCUGGCUGGAGAAAAGUGUGCUCUUGAAGGAUGAACUCGAGAGCAGAUUCUCAUCUUUGUGUGAAAUUCAGGAAGAAAUAACAAAGGCUUUGAAGACAAGUGCUGAAGAUGAUGACUUCAAGUUCACAAGUUAUCAAGCUGCAAAGUUUCAAGGUGAAGUUUUGAACAUGAAGCAAGAGAACAACAAAGUUGCUGAAGAAUUGCAGGCAGGUUUGGAUCACAUCACAAAUCUCCAACUAGAAGUUGAAAAGACUAUGGAAAAUUCGAGCGAGGAAUUUGGGCUUUCCGGAUCAAAGAAUCACCAAAAUAUCCAGCUCGAACAUUCAGACAGUAAAUCCAGAGUUCCUUUGCGGUCAUUUAUUUUCGGUGUGAGAGCAAAAAAGCAGAAGAAUUCGAUCUUCUCCCGCAUGCAUCCUGCCUUGCAUAGGAAAUACAAUGGUUUCAGAUCAGGACUUCAUUAGAUUGUUUCACCAUGUGUUUAUUUAUCUACAAUUUACUUUUCAAGUAGUUUCUCUUAUUCUUUUUUAUUUUUUGAUGGUAUAUUAAAAGAAGCCAGAACCUUCUCCGUUCUCCUUUUCAUUUUUGAACAGUGAAGGAUACAUUUUGUGUGUUGUAAAGAUUUUUAUAGUUUGAUAUUCUUAACACAACAAUCCAUUCCAGUUUUGCA